UCAACCGUCAUUUGUCAUUUUCUUUCAUUAAGCACGGGAUAUUUUAGAAAAUCUUAAAAAUGGCAAGUAAUUCUGGAAAACAGGAUAAAAAAUCCUCAAAAGGGCCAAGUCCAGAGGAUAUAUUAAAUGGUUUUCAAACUUUAAGAGCAGAACAAAGAGCUUUGUCAGGCAAGUUAUCGGAAUUUGAAUUGGAUUUAAAUGAGCACAGGAUGGUUAUUGAAACUUUAAAAAAUGUAAAUGAAGACAGAAAAUGCUUUAGGUUGGUGGGAGGAGUUUUAACUGAAAGAAAAGUAAAAGACGUUCUUCCAGUUCUUAUUACUAAUCAAGAGAAAUUGAAAGAAAUUAUAGAAAAACUAAAUGAACAAAUAGGAAAAAAGGGCCAAGAGAUCAACGAAUACAGAGAGAAGCACAAUAUUCGCUUUAGAGGUUUAGAUAAUGUAAAGCAAGAAGAACAACCUGUGGCAGCAGCUUCAGAAUCAAGAGGAAAUGUGUUAGUUUCUUAACAAUAAAAUUAAGGAACUCUGCUUAUUAACAUCUAAUUUUGCUAUUGCUCUGAAUACAUUUUGAUUUUAUAAUAUUUGUUUACCAAAUAUAUCGUUAGAAAUGUAAUACUAUUAUGAUGACAAAUGGAGUUGAUGAGUUCACAAUUUAUGAAAACUGAUUUUUUUUGAGAGUUGAAAGUUAUUAAACUUAUUUAUUUUGUUGUUUAAUAACAAUCAUGUCAUUUUUACUAAGAAUUGUGUUUGUUCAGUGUGCACUGAUUCUUUUAUUUAAUAAAAUAUGUGGAAAUAUA